CGGUGGUUUGUCCAAUCAAAACCUGUCUACGAUAUCGUUCCACAAAACUUAACAAAGUUGGUAAACAUAGUCGCUGCCGAAACCUUGGGUUGUCGAUGAUAGUUACGUCAGAUUUGGCACCAUCAAUGCCCGAUUGUACCGAGGUAUCUAUAUGGGUAGAAGGAGAAAUAAAAGACUGACUACUUUGCUGACAUGGUUCGUCACAUCUGUGGGAGCACUUUGCUACACAUUCAGUUGCAUAGGUGCAACGGAUACCGACCCUGUUAUAUUGGACGGAUUAGCAGAUAGCAACAAUGGUUUUACCUCCAAUAAUGACAAGGAGCCCUGGUCUGACUCAUCCGGGCAGACGACAGCUUGUCCUUCUAAACUACACAAGGAAAGUCACCUGAUGAUAGUGAGUACACUAGAUGGGCAUGUAUCUGCUAUAGACAUCAAAAACAAAGGAAAACUUGUGUGGAGUGUUUCAGCUGAUACAAAUCCUCUUCUCUCCUCAAGUAUCAGUAAAUUAGAGAUAAGUCGCAAUGGGAUGCCGACCCGUCUGAUCCCAUCAUUGGAUGGAGGCCUGUAUCAGUAUGAUGGAGAGAGUAUCGAGGCCAUCCCCAUGACUGUAGAAACGCUCCUCAGUUCCUCACACAAACUCAGCGAUAAGAUGGUGAUGGUUGGUUCCAAAGACAUCCGAAUAUAUGGCCUCAAUCCCGCAGAUGGACAGAUGAACUAUGUUUGUUCUGCGGAAGGCUGCCAGUUUAUUGCAGAGUCUGAUGUGAGUGACAUGGAUGACAUCUUGGUGAUAACACGUAACACACGGACCGUCCGUGCAGUAGACAGUCGAACUGGAGGAGAAAAGUGGAACUUCAGUGUUGGCCAACAUCAGCUCCAGUUCCUGGGAGGGAAAAGCAUGCCCCCCUCACAUACUGUAAAGGAUAAUACUGACGAUGAUGAGGAUGUCUCCAUCUUGGCAUGCGGUCAGGAUGAUGAGGAAGAAGACGGUGAGUUCAAUAUCCAGGACACCUUGAGGAUUGUUGUACCAGAGGGAGUGAUAGUGGGAAUGGACCCGACAGAUUCCAGCUUAGUGGAAUGGCAACAUAAGUUUACUAGUCCUGUAGCUGGGGCCUGGUUCCUGCACAAGAAGGAGCUGAUUCCCGUGAACGUAUUUGACAAACGUCUUGUUCCUGCUCUGGCCAGCUUUCAUCCUCCCGGUGAACAACUGCCCAUAGAACCGCUGUUGUAUGUAGGUCUCCAUCGUAACCAGCUGUACGUCCAGCCGUCAACGACGAUGAAGGAGCAUGUGUCUCAGGCGGUGUCCAAGGGCGAGGUCAGUCGACUGGACAUCCCAAGGGUGGCGUGGAAGCCUUAUCUUAACUCUGCUCCGUCCAGAACUCCUUGGUUGAACUACAGAGGAAGUGGUGAAGUGCCUCUUAUUGAUCACUGUCAACAGAAUCUACCAGAGAUGGACGAGGAACAGGAGAGGGGUCUCUCUGUUUGGCAUGAAAAUUAUCCUUUUGAUAAUGGUUACUAUCUGUACCCAGAAUUUGUGAUACCCAAUUCAACCUGUGAGAAAAAUACCUCGACGCCCGACAGUGCUGCAGCGUCUAUGAUAGAUGGUGUUCUGAGUACAUCGUUGUGGACCUACUGGAGACAAGUCAUAAGCAUCAGUGUGGUCACUUCCAUCCUUGUAAAUGUCGUCCUACACAAGCUGGGGCGGAGGAGAAACAUCGUACUGCUGCCUCAAAUGUCGAGUAGUGAAGAUGGUACCACAAUAACAGUCGAGCAAGGCGCACCAACACAACAGAAGGUAGCAGAGGAAUAUGUAUCCAGGUACAAGCAGGAUUUUGAACAGAUGCAAGUUCUAGGUAAAGGGGGCUAUGGAGUGGUGUUUGAGGCUCGUAACAAGAUGGACACCUGUAGUUAUGCUGUCAAGAGGAUUGAACUCAAAAGCAGUGCCAAAGAAAAGGUGAUGAGGGAGGUUCGAGCACUGGCCACACUGGAACACACAGGAAUUGUGCGCUUUUUCCAUGCCUGGCAAGAGUCGCCUCCCCCUGGCUGGCAGGAGGACAUGGAUCGGCAUUGGGCAGACAGCGAAUCUAUUACCUUGCCAACACCGUGUAACUCCAUAGAGACCGAAUCACAUGCCUUAGAUAUACCAGAUACGCCAGUGUUUGACCUUAAGAAUCCAUUUGGAGGUCAAACGAAGGACUUUAAAUAUAAUCUCUCAAAGAACAGGGGCAGUAGUGCCGAAUUUUCAGUCAAAAAAUCCUGGAUCACAUCUGACUCGGAAUCGAGCUGCAGUCAAGCAUUUCUUAAUAUUAAUGGUGAAUUAGAAAACGACGAUUCAUUUGAUGUAGAAUUUAAAUUGGAGGAUAGUGAAGACAGUGGUAGUUGUUCAAAGUCUCUUCCAUUUAGCAAGCAUCGUAAAAACUUCUGUCCGUCAUCCGACAAUAACUCUUUUAGUGUACAGUUUGAGGACUCGGGUUGUGCCGAGAACGAGAAAAGUUCGAAAAGUGAAUCAAGUGGAGGCAUUGUGUUUACAGGUGAAAAUAGUGAUCGGAAUUCAAAUAACUUCCGGCUAAACAUGCCUUCAAGUUGUUCAAGUCAACCAACUGCUUCCGUAACGGACAUCCAGCAAUCCAAAAACAAUGCAUCGGAUAAAAUGUCGCAGAGUAAAGCCAAACAAUCACGAGAACUGUCACAAAAACUAUUUCUGUAUAUUCAGAUGCAGCUUUGUCAAAGAGAGACACUGAAAGAGUGGUUAAGUGCUAAUAAUAAACCCAGGAACAAAAAAGACAUGUUAAACAUAUUCGGACAAAUCGUGUGUGCAAUUGAGUAUGUCCACGGCUGUGGUUUGAUGCAUAGAGAUCUAAAGCCAUCCAACAUAUUUUUCUCAGCAGACAACACAAUAAAGAUCGGAGAUUUCGGUUUAGUAACCGCCCUGUCAGAAGAGGAGAUUUUAGGGGCCGAUAAUUUAGGGAAUACAUCAUUCAAGCAUACGACGGAGGUUGGCACCAAGCUCUACAUGGGCCCUGAACUGGUCUGCGGGAAAACUUACGGACAGAAGGUGGACAUUUUCUCCCUCGGAAUGAUCCUGUUUGAACUGCUGUAUCCGUUCAGUACGCAGAUGGAGAGAGUCCGUACCAUGACUGCCGUUAAAAUCAGACAACUCCCAAAAGAGUUUGAUAUGGCAUACCCAGCAGAGGCUAAGUACAUUAACUGGUUGCUGUGUGAGGAUCCCUGCGGGAGACCUACAGCCACGGAGAUACUGGAGAGUCCGAUGAUGAAGAACUUUUGUCAUAGCCCCCCUCCACCUCGGCCACGACUCCGGACCAUUUCCAAUGACAGCAGCGGUAGUACCGGCUCUCUGGGACAUGUCAGGAACUUGUCCAUGUAAACAUAUCCUUGUCUUCAUAUCUGACCAACAAGUGUACUGUGAUGUAAACGCCCUUAUCCAGGAAGUGUUUAGACAUUUCCUCAAGCCUUUUUUUUGUUUUCUGUGCAAAAAUAAGUUUGUAGAUGCAAAGAAAAUAGUAAUUUGUAAUUUUCUGUCAGGUCAAAAAAGUUUUUUUUUUUUUUUUUUUGAGUGUUAAAAAAUUAGCUGUCAGUCAAUGAUUAAAAUUUUUUUCACGAGUUGAAGCUGUUUUGAUGACUACCGGUAGAUUUGGCUAUCAAUAUUGAUAUAUAAACUGCUUUUUUUAAUCAGGGUACAAGUGGUUGAUUUUAAUGAAUACACAAUGCUGUAACCUGUUGUUUGGUUGUUACUUAAAUUACCAUUAAAUUAUUAAAUUAUGUAAGGAACAGUAUAAUGUUUUCAAAUUGUCCAGUGAUACCGUUUAGGAGUUUUAUCAAGUUUAAAUUCUUAACCUGGUGAAGACGUUCUGCAGAUUAAAUCAUGAAGAUAAGCAUUACUGUACAGUUGGUAAUUUUUGGGGUGGAUUGAAUUUUGCUAUAUUUGAGAUCAUUGAAUAUAGCAUGAAAAUAAAUACUGGCAGAUAUUUAUAUAUACACACAAAUGUAUAUUAGAAGUGUUAACUGCAGAAAGAUUACAAGAUGUGGAUACGGGAAAUUUUAUGUCCACGAAAUAAGUUCCAAUCUGACAACCAUAAAAUAUUAGACUCAUGAAAUUUAUUAGCUAUACUGUAUAUUGUUUUAUCUAAUGGAUGAUCAGUAGAUAAUCUGUCUGAUGUUAUAGAAACUUGUUAUUCCUGAACUCUGUACUGUAAAACAAAAAAAGUUUGUGAUUUAAAAUUUAUAGACCACAAAAAACCCAAAUGUUUAUGCAUGUGUAUUUCAUGUUUACUGUAUUGUUACUGUAGAUUUUAACUUUUAGCGAAAAACUUGAAAAUUGUCAUCAAAUUGCAGAAGUAUCAGCCAUAGAAUUUAACAGAAAUAGUAGGGAAGAAACCGAAACACAAGACUAAGGUGAUUUACUUGCAGAUUCAUUGUCAGGAAAAUGUUUCGUUGGUGUGACUCUAAACCUGUUUCCAAUCAUUUUCGUUAUCUAAAUUAGAAUCCCACAAAAGUGGAUGUGUCACCUAUGCCCAUGUAAUUGAAAUAGUGUCAUUUUAAAAAUUUCAUGGUCAACUUGUGAAAAGUAUCAUGCUUUCUGUUGCUGGUUGGUUUGUUGAUGGAGUUUACGUUAUUGACGGCUGAGGUCAUACGUGGAUGGAAUCAUGAUUGCAUGAUAUUGAAAAAAAAGUCAGGAAAACAGUUAAUUAUGUGAAUUUGUAAUGUGUAAAGGGCCAUAACUCCAGCAAAAAAAUGAUGAUUUUAACACAGGUUUCAAACUCGAUUUGUAAAUUAUUGUAAUCAAAGCUACAUACCAAGGUUCAAAUUGAUAUAGCUAGUAGUAACACAAAAAAAAGUCCGGAAAACGGGUAAAAAAGAUAAUUUCUCAUGUGCAAAAGGUCAUACAUAUGUAACUCCAGCGAAAAAUAGGGGAAAAAAUGACAAGGGAUUCAAACAUUGAAACUCAAACUGUAAUUUAUUAUGACAAAGCCACAU